GUAAUCGUCUUGGGAACCCCUGCAGAAGAGGAUGGGGGUGGCAAGAUUGAUUUAAUUGAAGCAGGUGCUUUUAAGAACCUGGAUGUUGUUUUUAUGGCCCAUCCAUCCCAAGAGAAUGCUGCUUAUCUACUAGAUGUGGCUGAACAUGAUGUGACUGUGAAAUACUAUGGAAAGGCAUCUCAUGCUGCUGCUUACCCUUGGGAAGGAGUAAAUGCCUUAGAUGCUGCAGUUCUUGCCUACAACAACCUAUCUGUGUUAAGACAGCAAAUGAAACCAGCCUGGAGAGCUCAUGGUAUAAUAAAAAAUGGUGGUGUAAAGCCCAAUAUCAUUCCCUCUUAUUCUGAAUUAAUUUAUUACUUCCGUGCACCCUCAAUGAAAGAACUUCGAGAUUUGACUAAAAAGGCAGAAGAUUGCUUCAGAGCUGCAGCUUUGGCCACAGGCUGUACAGUAGAAAUUAAAGGUGGAGCACACGAUUACUACAAUGUUCUUCCCAAUAAGACCCUAUGGAAAACUUAUAUGGAGAAUGGAAAAAAACUGGGUAUAGAGUUCAUUUCAGAAGAUAAAAUAUUGAAUGGCCCUUCAGGAUCUACUGAUUUUGGAAAUGUUACUUUUGUGGUUCCUGGAAUUCAUCCAUAUUUUUACAUUGGAUCUGAUGCAUUGAAUCACACUGAACAAUACACAGAAGCGGCAGGAUCACAAGAAGCUCAGUUCUAUGCUUUACGUGUGGCCAAAGCUCUGGCAAUGACUGCAUUGGAUGUUAUUUUUAAACCAGGGCUGCUGGAAAAAAUCAGAGAAGACUUUAAAUUGAAACUUCAAGAAGAAGAGUUUUUAAAUACAGUAGAAUGAAAGGAAGACUUGGAAGUCAUUUAUGAAUCAUUAAGAGAAAGUGAUAAUUUUUUCUUUAAUCUUUUUAAUGAAAAUGUUUAUUUUUCAAUCUUAAUGGCAGCAGACUUUUUUAUGUGAUAAGUAAGGACAAGAUGUAGAGAAAACACAUAUCUAAAAUGAAAAUAUUCGCAAGUCUAUACUUGCUGGAAUUGUGGUAUUUCAGGAGUAUGUGAUACCAUUUCCUAACCAAGCUGGAUGAUAUAUGAUUUAUCACUGAGAAUGUUUUAUAAAUUUAUAUGUUGUAUAUUUGUAAAGGUUCAAACAACUUCAAACCUUGUAUUGACACGUACGAAAGAAUUUCAUGGUAGGAGUGGUAAACAUAUUCUCUAAAGUAGUUCUAAAGUUCAUGUUCUAAAUUUAGGCAAAGUUUAUUUCAGAUAAUUGACUAUCAUUGAUUUGGUUUAGAAGAACUCUUCAUUUGUAAUAAAAGUAGACUUUUAAUCAGAAAUGCUUAUGAGACACAAGUAGAACCUUGGGUACAGAGACUAAACUUUCAUUUACCAUUUGAAGGAAAAUGAGAAUGCUGUUUUUUUACAUGUAGCUAACUCUAAGAAGACAUUAAAUGCAACGUGUGGUAACAGAAAACAACUUCAGCCCAACGGGAUUGCAGUCUCCCUCUACGGUGUGAGCGUGGCAACCCAGGACGCUCUAGGAGGACUUGAAAGAGGAGCACAGGCUGCAUCUACUUUGCUCUCUGAAGUCUUCAGUGUCCCCAGUAGUGCCUUCCACUCGUUGUUUAGAAUUUUUUUGGCGGAGGUACCAGGAAUCGAACUCAGGAUCUCGCACUUGCCAGGCAGGCGCUGUGCCACUGAGCUACAUCCCUGGCCCUCAGUGCCUUCCAUUCGAAAGCCCACCUGGCUCGCCUGACCGCACAGAACCCUGAGCCUCCUGAAGUCUCAUGCUAGCCCAGUAUUUAUUAAAAAUUAAAAGUUUUUCAUGGC